AUGUCUGGCUCUGCUGGAAGAUCUGGAUCCACAGCGUCUGGUGAUCUGUGGAGACACCUGGUGAUCCGACAAGUACGAGGAGAGAUCGAUUGCAAGGCGCCUGGUCUAACACUGUUACGUCAGCGAGCCUUGGAUCGACUACGUACGUGGCCAGAUCACGAACUAUUGCACGUCAAACGGGAUUGGAAUGGGAGUGCUGACAGCCUAGCAAGUGCUGCUCUGCAACGGCAAUGUGGGAUCGAGAUAGAGUCGGACGCGGAGAUCCAGGAUCUCAUAACGUUAAAUCGGUUGGAUGAGAUCCUGAUGGUGAAAGUUGAAGAAGAAAUCGCACAGGUAUCAGCUGUGAUGACCCGAUCUAAGGCUAGAUUGGGAGUGCGUGCAGGAUCUGAUUCAAAUUCCCUACGAGAGGAGGUCGUGAGAGAGCUGCGGAUCGAACGAAUCCGUCAAGUGCAGGACGAGGAGUCGUGGAUCAUGGGCUUGAAGAAGUAUUUGGUCGGGGAGAUCCGGGAUCUGACACAAGAAGAGGCUAAGAUGUUUGGAUCUAUUGCUAUGAAUUAUGAAGCGGAUCAGCUGGAUCUACUCUUCUACUGCCCGACGACUAAGGAAACCGCCGCAGAUCGAGAUAAGCUGAUGCGACUACAUACGAGUCUGCAAGGUGGUCAUCAAGGGGUCGGUCGUACCUAUGAUCGGACCCGUGAUCAUUUCCACUGGAGAGGUUUGUAUAAGAGCGUACAGCGAUACGUGGGAGAAUGUGUCGACUGCGAAACAGGCAAAGGAAGGCCUCGGAUCCAGGGCGAGUCACCUGGUAAUCUUCAGGCAACAUACCCAUUUCAGAUCAUUGCCGUGGAUCAUAUACCUUCACUGCCUAGAUCCUUCAACGGCAACACUGAGUUGUUGAUCUUCGUGGAUCUAUUCUCAGGAUAUGUGAUCGCCAAAGCCAGUGCCUCUAGAUCCGCUCAAACAAUCGCCGAGGCUUACGAAGAGUGUGUUUUCCGUCGAUUCGGCGCGAGCGAGGUGAUCCGACAUGAUCGAGAGCCAGGCUUUAUGUCUGAUUUCUUCAAGUCGUUUAACAGAAUCCUGGGACAACGCCAACGGGCCACUAUGGCGUAUAGACCCCAAGCCAAUGGGUCUGCGGAACGUAUGGUGCAGACAACUACCAGGGCUCUCAAAAUUUAUGUGGAAGAUCUGGAUCAACGAGAUUGGGAUGAGUAUGCUGAGCGACUCACCUUCGCGAUCAAUACCGCAAGGGAUCGGAUCCGAGGCGAAACACCUUUCUAUAUGAUACAUGGCUGGGAUCCUAGAUCCACUGAUCCCGGUGGGAAGCACUCACAAGCACGAUCGAGAUCCAAGAAGGUGGCGAUAUCGGAUGCAAAAAUACUAUCAGCAAGCCAGAGAACAAGUGAACCAAUGCCUACGUGA